AUGCAACUAAUAAAAAUCCAAGCAGAAAGGAAAGGCUUAAGAAUUAUUUCAAGAAUAGACCCUGAGCUGCCAAUAUAUAUAUUUUCAGAUCCUCUAAGAUUUAACCAAGUACUAUUGAACCUUUUAAGUAAUGCUUUAAAGUUUACUCUCUCAGGUUUUAUUGAAAUUGCAUGCAUUCCAUGUGCUGAUGGAAACAUGAAAACCAUAGUGCAAGAUACAGGAAUUGGUAUUAAAGAAUCUAAGAUUAAAAAUUUAUUCCAAGAAUUUCAGACAUAUCAUCAGGAAUCUUUAAAUCCAACUGGUUGCGGACUAGGUUUAUAUAUUUCUAAUAUUAUUGCUAAAGAAUUAGGAUCAAAAUCCAUUAAAGUGAAAUCGAAAGAAAAUCAAGGAUCGUGUUUCAGCUUUUCGAUUAAUAUUAAAGAGGAUAUCAAAGCAUUAGAAAAUAGGGAAAAAAUAAUGAAAUACGAUUAUUCUUUGUCAGCAAAUCUUCUAGAAAAUAAUUUUCAAAUAGUAAUAAAAGAUUUCAACGCAAUAAUGAAACAAGAAUAUCCAAAGGUAUUAAUUGUCGAUGAUAACGAAUUUAAUAGGAUUUCGCUUGGGUCAAUUCUUUUAAGCAACAAUAUAUUGUAUAGUGAAGCUUGUACAGGAAAGCAGGCUGUAAAUAAUAUUGAAGAAAUGAGCAAGAAGAAAAAGCCAUUUAAAUUAGUUAUUAUGGACGGAAGCAUGCCUGAACUCAAUGGCUGAGAUGCAACAAAACAAAUUUUUAAUUUGCAUGCUGAAGGUAAGCUUGAUGAUUUACCUACUAUAAUUGGGUAUACAGCAUUUACUUCUGAUCAAGAUAUAAAAAUGUGUAUAGAUGCAGGGAUGGCAGACUGCAUUAUCAAGCCUUGCAGUUCUCAAGUCUUGAUGAGUAAAAUAUUUGAAUACUUGAAAUAG